GUAGUAUAUGACAGCUCUACUUCUGGGUAAAAGAUUGUGGAGAUCCUACCACUCUUGUGCCUAACUCUGCCUUUUCUGUGCACAAAAGAACAAAGAGAAAACUAUUUUUCAGUAACGUUGUAGGAACAAAUACCAGCAUCACUUUUGGGGAGAGUAUUUUUUCCUUCCUUUUUCGAAGAGUUUUUUUUAAAUAACUUUUUCGAAGAGUUACUGCCAUGUAAAGCAAAGUGGCGCUCUGCUAUAUAAGCAGCAUUUCCUUACUCCAUAGCCCCAUUCCACCACCAUUUCAGAAACACAGCCAAAGCAGCUUAGCGCGUUGGUGGUAGCACUCACUGCACCAUGGCUCCUCUGCUCUUCAGGGACAUGAAGGGCCUCUCGUGCUCGUCGCCGGCGUCCACCGCGAUAUGCCCCAGCCUGGAGCGGCAGCCGAUGGUCCGGUCACACAAGGCCAUUGCCAGUGCCGGUGCCAGCCCUCUGUCUCAGGUUCCCACGGAGCCCAGGACACACAAGCAUGACGGCAAGAAAGGGCAGCAGCACAAGGCUGUCGUCGUCGCAAACGGCGGUGGCCUCGUCAGCCCCGCCGGCUCGUCCAGGUACCUUCUGAGCGGCCGUGCCCCGGCGUCCGCAUCCAUCGAGGAGAUCCAGGAGGUGGAUGCUGCCCCGGCCGUUGAUGCCAAGCUGGAGGAAGCAAGUGAAGUAGCUGAUCCGAAGAGCAGACAGGCGCAGGAACAGGUGGUUGUGCUGAAGGUAUCCCUGCACUGCAAAGCAUGCGCUGGGAAAGUGAAGAAGCACCUCUCCAAGAUGGAAGGUGUGACAUCGUUCGACAUCGACUUCGCGGCGAAGAAGGUGACGGUGGUCGGCGACGUGACGCCCCUGGGGGUGCUGAACAGCGUGUCCAAGGUGAAGAACGCCCAGCUCUGGGCGGCGCCGGCGAUAGCGGCCUGAAGAACGAAAAGGCCAAAAGGGUGUCUGAAAAAGCCAAAGCUAGCGUAGCCUAGGAUCCGUUGCCGUUGGCCGUGUCUGGUAGGGGAGUGCGGACCUGGAGCCGUGCGCGUACGCGUGUGGGGGCGCCGGGCGCUGGCUGCCACGGCCGGCCAGCGCGCUGGGACUGUGAGAGCCUGUGCUGGUGUGUCUCCUCGACCAGCAUGCGUCCACCAUGGCCCUGGCCGCCCUUGAAUGCAGCUUUGGUUUCAUCCUGUGGUCGUCUUGUGAUCCUCCAUCCUCCCUUGUUUUGCUGUGCUUGGCGCCAUGCGACAUGGGAGGCUAGGAUGCUUCCUUGUGGUACGGGCGGGUGACUCUGCUUCUUCUUGUUCUUUUUCCCCUCUUGCUGUAAGCAUGUAAUAUAAGAAUGCCAUUGCCUUGCUGUCUUGGUCUC